AUGGCCAUGACCGACACAAGUGCCGCGACCAACCCGGCGCAGAUGGCCCCCCAGCCGCAGCCUGGUGCUGGAACUGCUCCAGGUUUCGACGGUGCGCAGAACGGGCAGUCCAACACAUCCCACAUGCCCCCGCCUCCGCUGCACAUUCCUCAGAACACCAACCCCAUCCCGACUGCCAUCACCUCCCCAAUGUCCGGCGGCGACCAGUCCGGACUCAUGUCCCCCGGCGGUUCGGCGGGCUUCAGGCGGGCUGCGCCCGAGCCUAACAAGCGAGCCCUCUACGUUGGCGGACUCGACCAACGCGUCACCGAGGAUGUCCUGCGUCAGAUAUUCGAGACCACCGGCCAUGUACAGAACGUCAAGAUUAUUCCCGACAAGAAUGCUAAGGGCUACAACUACGGUUUCGUGGAGUAUGACGACCCUGGAGCCGCCGAGCGGGCCAUGCAGACUCUCAAUGGACGGAGAGUACAUCAAUCUGAAAUCCGGGUCAACUGGGCCUAUCAGUCGAACACGACAAGCAAGGAGGACACGUCCAGCCACUUUCACAUCUUUGUCGGAGACCUGUCCAACGAGGUCAACGACGAAGUUCUCCUGCAGGCCUUUUCGGCCUUCGGCUCAGUCUCCGAGGCUCGCGUCAUGUGGGAUAUGAAGACUGGCCGUACUCGAGGCUACGGUUUUGUCGCGUUCCGCGAUCGGCCCGAUGCUGAGAAGGCCCUGAGCUCCAUGGACGGCGAGUGGCUUGGGUCUCGCGCCAUCCGCUGCAACUGGGCGAACCAGAAGGGCCAGCCGUCCAUGGCCCAGCAGCAGGCGAUGCAGGCUAUGGGCAUGACCCCCACCACUCCGUAUGGUCAUCACCAGUUCCCGGCGCACGGCGUUGCCAGCUAUGAUGUUGUUCUCGGGCAGACUCCUAACUGGCAGACCACCUGUUAUGUUGGCAACUUGACGCCGUACACAACCCCCAACGACGUGGUACCCCUGUUUCAAAACUUCGGCUUUGUCGUCGAGUCUCGCUUCCAGGCUGACAGGGGGUUUGCCUUUAUCAAGAUGGACAGCCACGAGAACGCAGCCAUGGCCAUUUGCCAGAUGAAUGGAUACAACGUCAAUGGUAGGCCGCUCAAGUGCAGUUGGGGCAAGGACAAAACCCCGAGUGCUCAACAGCAGAGCUUCGACCCCUCCCAGCAGUACAGCCCCCAGAGCGCGCAGACUCCCGGCGGCUAUCCGGGUACCCCUACUUAUUACCCGCAAUAUAGUGCCCAGUUUGGCGGCCAGCACGGCAACUUUGGAGGCCCUCAGACCGGGUCACCGGCGGGUUAUGGCGGCUCCCCGCUGGGAUACGGGGGCCCUCAGAGCGCCGGAGGCUUUGGACGAGGGCAGCAGGGUCCCAAUGCCCAGUGGAGCCAACCUCAGCCUGGGCAGGCUUUCAAUAAUGGAUUUGGCGGCUACCAGUCGUAA